AACAAUGUCAUACUUUUCGUCUUUUAUCCUUCUUUUCUUUUGUAUUAUUUACUUAACCGUUAUUUCUCAUGCUAUAAAUAAUGAUUUUAGUGUUGAACUCAUUCACCGUGAUUCUUAUAAAUCACCACUCUACGAUCCUUCACAAACAAAAUUCCAAUUGAUUUUAAAUGCUGUACACCGUUCUAUCAAUCGUGCCAAUUAUAUGAAUAAAGAGUUUUCUACUACUGGAAACAAAUUUAAGUCAUCUUUGACCGCAGAUUCUGAUGGUGAAUAUCUCAUGAAUUAUUCUGUUGGUACCCCACCAUUUAAUGUCUACGGUUUUUUUGAUACAGGUAGUAACUUAAUGUGGGUUCAAUGUAAGCCUUGUAAUAUAUGUUACAAUCAAACCUCUCCUAUUUUCAAUCCUUCAAAAUCUUCAAGUUACCAAAAUAUUUUAUGCUCUUCUAGAACGUGCAAAUCUGUGGAAGCUACUUCUUGUUCUUAUGAUAGAGAUGCUUGUAAAUAUACGGUUGAUUAUGGUCGUGGAACAAAGACCCAAGGAGAUCUUAGUGUGGAAACUCUUACAUUGAAUUUCACAUCAGGUUCUAUUGUGUCAUUUCCUAAAAUUGUUAUAGGAUGUGGAUAUACCAAUACCCUAUCUUGGGAGUAUAAUGGUCAAAGUUCUGGUGUAGUUGGAUUUGGAAAGGGACCUACGUCAUUUAUAAAGCAAUUAGAUUCUCUAAUUGAUGGUAAAUUCUCAUAUUGUUUAAAUGACAAUGAGCUCAAUUUAUCUAGUAAACUAAACUUUGGAGAUGCAGCCAUUGUGUCUGGGGAUAAUGUUCUUUCAAGUCCUAUGAUCAAUAUGAUAGGGAACUAUCAAAAAGAUUAUUACUAUUUAAAUUUGAAAGCAUUUAGUGUGGGAAAUAAAAGAAUAAAGUUUAGAGGAUUUAAAAAUAAAGGAAUAAAUGCUUCCACGGAUACCAUCCUUGUUGACUCUGGCACGCCUGUAACUAUUUUUCCACAUCAUUUCUACCAUAGAUUGGAGUCUGCCGUUAAAAAAGUGGUUAAAUUAAAGCGAUUUAAAGAUGAUAGUGGUUCAUAUAGCCUUUGUUAUAAUAUGACAUCCCACCAACCAAAAUUUCCUAUACUUACGGCACAUUUUAAUGGUGCGGAUGUUAAGUUAGAUUCUAAUGGUGUCUUUCAUCAAUUAUAUGAAAGGGUUAAAUGUUUGGGUUUUCGCCCAAAUAAUGAUGGAUUAGCUAUUUUAGGAAGCAAGGCCCUGUUGAACUAUUUAGUUGGUUAUGAUCUUAAAAAAAAUAUUAUCUCCUUCAAACCUACUGAUUGUACUAAGUAUUGAAUGAUAAAAGUUACCAGACUUAUUUGAUAAAUUGAUAAUAAAAUUUA